GUGAGUAUAACAAGGAUAUUGAUAUUUUUAUUAGUCAAUUAUCAUCAUAUUUAGCUAGCACUGGUAUAGACCCAGUUGCUAAUCGAGAUCAAGAACUUCACAAUAUUUUUGCAAAUCAUGACCAAGAUAGUAUAGAUGCUCUUUGGGAUGCACUAUGGCUUAGAUGA